AUGGCGCACCUCAGUGGAUGGCCUUUGACCCUCCUACUGUUGGGGCUCUCGCUGCUGUUGUUGGUGGUCUUCUUGAGAGAGGUGAACGCCUACUGGCGCAAGCUGGGAGUCCCCUACGUCGAACCGACUCUCCUCUUCGGCAACGCCGCUGGUCUCUUCUUCAUGCGGGAGAGCUUCGCCGCUUUGAUCGAGAACGUCUACCGCCGCCUCGAAGGGUGCCCUGUCGGAGGUUUCUACUUGAUGACCCGACCGUAUCUGCUGCUCAGAGACCCUGAAGUCAUCAAGAAGGUCAACCUGUGGGACGAGAGGUAUUUCCAUGCCAGCUCGGCGCAGGUGCGCUACUGCGGCUUCCGGCCCGCCUCGCACGAGGUGCUGCGGGACACCGCGGUCCACACCGAGGUGCGCCGCCGCGUCGGGCUCGUAUUCGGGCCCGAGCGCACGCGGCGCGUCUUCUGCCUGCUGGAGGGCUGCGUGUCGUGCGUGCUGCAGCGCCUGCAGGCGGACUGCCGCGGCGCGCCGGGGCCCGUCGAGCUGCGCCCGCACCGCGUCUUCGCCGGCUACGCCACUGACGUCAUCGGCCGCUGCGCCUUCGGUGUCGAGUGCGGCGCCAUCGACGACCCGACCUCGCAGUUCCUGCGCAUCGGCAUGGAGGUGUCGCAGCCCUCUCGCUGGGACCCUCUGCUGCCGUGCCUGCGGCCGCUGCUGCUGCCCCUGCGGUACCUACUUCCGCGCUGCACCAUCAUCUCGGAGGGCCAUCAGCUGUUCCAGCGGCUCUUCCGCGAGACCGUGCAGCACCGCGAGCGGCACGGCAUCGAGUGCGAUGACGUCAUCCAGCUGCUGCUGCAGAUCAAGAAUGGCGGACUCGUGUCGCCGUGCAGCAGUCCUGCCCUACCCGACGCGACUGUGGACGAGGCGCUGGCCUACAAGCUGUUCGGGCUGUUCCUGGUGGGCUUCGAGAUGACGUCGUCGGUGCUGAGCUUCUGCGCGUUCGAGCUGGCCGCCGACCAGGCGGUGCAGACGCGGGCGCGCCUCGAGGUGGACGCGGCGCUGCGCCGGCACUCGGGGCGCCUCACCUACGACGCCCUGCAGCGCACGCCCUACCUGGACGCCGUCAUUACCGAGACGCUGCGGCUGUACCCGCCGAUGGGCGUGGCGUGCCGGCAGCUGCAGAGGGACGCCGCACACUUCCCGCAGCCGCUCGCCUUCCGGCCGGAGCGCUUCUUGUGCGGCCAGGAGCACCAAUCCGGAGGCGGAGGCGGCGGCGGCGGCGACGGCUGCUACCUGGCGCUCGGCUGGGGGGCCAGGCCUUGCGUCGGGAAGCACUUCGCAUUGGUGGAGAUGAAGGCGGUGUUGGCAGCCCUGCUCUCGCGCUUCGAGCUGUACCCGAGCCUACGCUCCGGCCGCAGGCCUGCCAACCCUGAGGGCGCCGGCCGCGACCUGUGGGUGCGCGUCACACCGAGGAUCUGGUACAGUGGCGACUGA